AUGUCAAAUUAUAUCUGCAAAGUCUCUAAAGACGUCAUCAAAGCUAAGAAUCACAACCAGGAUGUGCUCAUUGUAAAUUUAGGUGGUAAAAUGUGGUUAUCGACAGUCAAUGACAUUGCUCGAUGUGUUGGACAUGAAAAUGCUGUUUUAGUUAAUGAUUUCAAGAAGCCAUUGACUGAAAAGACUUUAAGGAAAGCUAAUUUAAUCAUAAUGUUUGCAGAAAGUAAAAUGAUUAACUUGAAUCAAUUGGUUACAACACAUCAUUUUGGAACUGCUUGGCAUCAAAAGGCUAAAAUUUUAUGGAUUGUCCCAGCUACAGCUUCUUUAAAUCAGCGAUUAAGUAUUGUUUCAACAUUUAUGCACUUUGGGUUUCUUGAUGUUGCUGUUGUCUUUGAAAAGCCAUUCGGCAUACAGGUUGAAGUAUUGACUUCAAUGACUCGACAUUUUAGUGUUUACACAAAUGAGUUCAAUCAUUCUUUGGUAUUUCCUGAUAAAUUAAAGUCAAUGAAUCGAUUCAUGUACAGCAUUAUUGUCUAUGAUCAGCCUCCAAUGGUUAGAAUUGUCAAUGAAACUGUUUACAGUCCACUUGUAUACUUCUUAUUAGCUGUUGCACAUGUCCAAAAUGCUCGACUGUCAUUGAUGAUUAUUAAUGAUUAUCAUUUAAUGGAAAAAUUUUGGUAUGAUCGGAAGAUGGACUUGACACUUAAUACUGGUGUGUUAAUUAACGCACCAGAGCCGAAACUUCAAACCUAUGUUCAAAAUGGAUACUGUGCCUUAGUUCCAUUACCACCUAAGGUUCCAGUUUUUCAGUCAAUCUUUAUUGAACCAUUCGAUGGACUAACUUGGCUGUUCUUAUUAGUCACUGUGGCUUGCUCUGUUGCUGUUUGGUGGAUGUUCCGCGGUCGUGGUGCUGUCGAUUCUCCUUGGCUGCUUGCUUAUGGCAUGUUUGUCAUAUUCAUCGGACAAGGUGUUAACUUCAGUCGCAAGAAUCGUUUGGUGCUGACUUUUCUGCUGGAGUUGAUCAUUGUAAUGGUUUGGAUACUCUGCAAUGCGUACGAAGGUGUCAUCACCUCCUUCAUGAUUCAACCAAUCCACGAAUAUCGACUAGAGACUUUUGAUGACUUGGUUGCAUCACAUUACGAGAUCAUGACUGAUGGUGCUUUUGCAUCAAAAAUAUCCAAGUCUGAAGCAUAUAAAGUACUUAAGCCUAGACUAAACACAUCUGGUCAGCAACUAGGCAUUCAGUUUGGAUAUGAGAUCAAGCGACAGCAUUAUGUGUUCAUCAUAAAGUGUGACCGUGCUGAAAUGUGGAUAGACUUGCAUUUAGGUCAAACUGAAAAGAAAGUUUCUGAUUUUUACUAUCUGAUGCAACAGAAGUUCUUGCUGUAUUUUGAACAGCUUGAAGCUAGCUAUAUGAAUCCAUUCCUAGAUCGCUUCCAAUAUUUUAUGGAUUUAUCAUUUCAAGCUGGAUUAAUGCAAAUGUGGAAAUUGCUUGCAUUUGAAAAUAGCAAAAUGACAAGAACAAUUAAGUCAUCAAUUGAAGCUGCAUACCUUAAACUUGAAGAUUUAACUCAAGUGUUCAGCAUUCUUGUUGUUGGUUGCGUGAUGUCGACUAUUCUAUUUCUUUUCGAGAUAUUCUUUCAUGACAUCCUAAAAGAGUUGAAACUCGCAAAUUUAGCACGGAAGUUGAGGAAUCGAGUACAUCAGAUGGCACUUAAGAAGAAGAAGCAGUCAAAGAAUCCAAAAUAUCAAAAAGGUGCACUUUACUACAUCGUUCAUAGACACAAGAGAGUCAAGAGAUUGAAGGCUAGAAAGAUGAAAGUUCGAAGUAUUUAUGUCCAGCCUAGGUUCCCUUUGGAUUAA